CAGUGGCCUGGCGUGCGUCCGCGCGAGCGCGUCGUGUAGAGAGCCGCGGUGUCAGCUCGCAAACUCGCGUCGAGUCAUUCGAGAGACAUCGAGUCUUGUUUCUGGCGCGUUUCUUUCGCAUUUCCCUCUCCUGCCACCACGCGACUCACCCCGUCUCACCCUCUGCGCUCACGCACGCGGGACAUUAUGCUCGCGGUCGACGAGCGCGCCCGCGUUAUCCACGAUAGAGACGGCGUCCUUAUCAACGACGAGGCUGCCAAUGAGUCCCGAUCAGCUGACUGUACGGGGAGCCUUUGACACACUGGUGGUCAGCCCGAUCCUUAGCGCACCGUCACCGCUAGUAGGACCCAGCCGAUCAUAGGAGCGACCCGCGUUUUCGGAAGGUGCAACGGGAGCAUCCUUGUCCCCACUCCUUUCGCCUUUCCGUUUUCAGAGCCUCGCACCUUGCCCCGACCUAAAUCCCGUAGAUCUCGUCGUUUCCUCACAGAUCUCUUCCCUGCCUCGAGGGAGGUAUUCUCGAGCCGUAAGCUGGCGAACGAAAGACGAAUGCCGAUUGCAAUCUCGCAGGCGUGAAUCUUCUCGAGGUAAUAUCAUUCCUUUCAUUCCAUCGUCCUGUUUUCUUUCUCUGUUCGGAAACGAAUUGUCCUCUGCUUUUUCCCGCCGAAAGAUACUUUGUAGUACUUGCUGUAGAAUUCUCCGCGGGAGCGAUGCAAGCCGCCGUCGAUUUGAAUCAGAUGCGGAAGUCAGAAUCGACGCGAUGACGGUGAGCGAAACGAUGCACCGUGGCCGGUGGUAAGAGCGACGCAGGGAAGAGCCUCGACAGAAAGAAAGAGGGUCAAAGAGAGAACCAGAAACAGAAAUCAUGCCGUACAAAAAUCCGGGCUGCCGAGAUGGACAACGCGAGAAUAAAGAUUUCCUCUCUGGCGAGAUAUCAUCCAUCGGCAUGUCGCUGCGGCCCAGCGGGAGCGCAUCCUCCGGCAUCUCGACCCUCGCGAGUUGCGGCGAGGUCGACACGCUGCCCGAACUACCGGAACAGGAUGAGGAACGUCUCCAGCGUGCUGCGCGUCUACUGCAGCAGAAACUGGUGCUACGUCAAUGGUUGAUGGAUCACGGCCUACACAAUUAUUAUCAAAAGCUGCUGCAAAUGGAAGUAACGUCUUUGGCGGACGUAUAUUGGUUUGACGACAAUGUUGCGGCACGAGCAACCUUUGGCAAGGAUCUGCCGCGGUGGCUCCAGGCCAGGCAGACGUUACCUACUUCAAAGGAAAAUUUAGAAACCCUCAAAGCGGAUCUGUGGAGCGCCGUUGUGAAGAACAGCCAACAUCAAGACGCUUGGACAUGGGGCGGUAUGCUGGUAGUUUCCGUAACGGUGGCAGGGCUGGUUACCCUAGCUGCUAUGACGCAGCCGGCUCUGGCGCCUGAAGCGAAACAUUCUCUUCUGCAAUAUGUCACAGGGAAAUAUUUAUUGCCGAGUAACUGCCGCGUUCAUUUCGAGUGGGAAGAGCCUCAGCUGGUCGGCGAGACGAUGACUUUUACGGUCAAAUUUUAUCAGCGCAAUGGUCAUCCGUACCCGAUAUGUGACAAGGACAAUUUGAUCGUGGAAGUGACGGAGGAUACGCGCAGAAUAGCCACACUAAUAGAACUGGGAGGCACCGACCCUUUAGCUGCAAAUACUGCGGUAGUAAAGUUUACUGUCCGCCAUGCGGGACAAUAUCGAAUAGCCGUACUUAUCGGAUCGUGUCAUGUUCAUGGCAGCCCGUUUCUUAAGAAUUUUCUCCCUGGUCCUCCAGAUCCGAACAAGACGAUCUUUGUACGACAAAGUUCUACGGUCGUUUGUACAGCUGGAAUAGCGCACUCGAUGACAAUAGAACCACGUGACGAAUAUGACAAUCUGUGCAUAUUUGGACCCGGUGAUGAGCCUACAGAAGGCUAUAAUGUCAAUAUUACUCAGAUCGGUAGUAUAGUGGAUAAAGAACCGAUGGUAGAUUGUAGUAUUCAGCUGGACUAUGAUUCCACUAAUCAAAGAAUUCGUUUGAAAGUCAGUUUUCCGAAAGGCGGAUGUUAUCAUGCGACCGUCAGUUUAGCGGGGUUGCAGUUGCACAACGGAGACUUUGAUAUCAUAGUGCUUGAGAGUUCUGUCGCGAAAAUGGUGCAUGAUAACGUAACAUCCAAGGAUCCCGAUAUCUGUUAUGUGGCGAAAUUGCUCGGCAUGCAAGGAGAAAGAUUUGCUAAACCGAAGAAGGUCUUCUGCUUUAUCUCGCCUAAGCAACUUACAAUUAAGGAAUAUCUAUUAAGAUUUAUUCCUAAAAGACUCGUAACCUUUAGACUGUGCCCUUCGACUAAGUUUCAUUUUCAAAAUUCAACCGACGAGCACGAAGGCUACUAUCCUUUCUCGAUAGACGAUGGAUGCCAACCUCCCGUUGAAUUAAUAUCUCUCUAUCGUGACAUAAUAGCCGCCACUUUUACCUUGUUUCUCUUGAAAAACAUUGGUGGUAGCGAGACAUUCGCCGAUAAGCAAGACUUUUUCUAUCAUGAAGUCCGCAAGCAUCAUCAAAAGCAUUAUCACGAAAAGCUGCAAAUGAAGGUGCAACGUGAUAAGCUUUUAGAAUCGUCUAUGAAAGUCACUAAAGGAUUUUCUGUGAGCGAUUGGUGUCGAAACUUUGAAAUUACCUUCCAAGGCGAACAAGGUGUUGAUUGGGGUGGCGUGCGACGCGAGUGGUUCGAAUUAAUAUGUGCCGCACUGUUCGAUUCGGGAAAUGGCUUGUUUGCGUCAUUUGGAGAAUCGCAACAGGCAUUGGUGCAUCCAAACCCUAAACGACCGCCGCAUCUUAAAUUGAAGCAUUACGAGUUUGCCGGUCGUAUCGUAGGCAAAUGCCUUUACGAGUCGGCACUCGGUGGCUCCUAUCGUCAGUUGGUACGCGCGCGAUUCACUAGAUCAUUCCUUGCACAGAUCAUAGGACUUAGGGUACAUUACAAGUACUUCGAGCAAGACGAUCCUGAUCUGUAUUUAAGUAAAGUGAAGUACAUUCUCGAGAACGACGUUGAAGAAAUGGAACUAUACUUUGUCGAAGAGGAAUAUGACACGGAUGGUCAAUUAUUGAAGGUAGCGGAAUUGAUUCCUGGUGGCAGCAAGAUUCGAGUGACUAAUGACACGAAGCUUCGUUACCUGGAUGCGCUCGCUCAGCACCGACUUGCCAGUUCCAUUCGCAACGAGGUUGACCAUUUCUUGCGCGGUCUCAACGAGCUAAUUCCAGACACACUCCUAGGAAUAUUCGACGAAAAUGAAUUGGAGUUAUUGCUAUGUGGAACCGGCGAGUACAGUGUAGCGGAUUUACGCGCUCAUCACAUAGCCAACGGAAGUUCUCCGGAAUUUCUGCGAGUGCUCGACUGGUUCUGGACGGCGGUGAGCAAUUUCACGCAGGAGGAGAUGGCGCGAUUGCUCCAAUUCACCACCGGUUGCUCGCAAUUGCCACCGGGUGGAUUUCAACAACUGAGCCCGCGUUUCCAAAUCACAGCUGCACCAACGUUCGCCAAUCUACCUACGGCACAUACCUGCUUCAAUCAACUCUGCUUACCCGACUAUGAGUGCUACGAUCACUUUGAACGAGCGUUACUGUUGGCGAUCAGCGAGGGUACCGAAGGUUUUGGCAUGAUCUAAUCAGGGAAUCGUAGGAUCCGAAUUUUUAGUCUCGUCUAGCUGGAGUGAAACUUAAAAUUAGACCAACUACGUAUCCAUCUCUCCUUUGACAGUAAAAGUCACGUCCUCUCGGAAAUAGAUCCUACUUCGAGUCUCACUGUAACUUCCUGCCUUCGACGGGGUCGGGAAGAAAGGGUAACUUCAUCGCACGUUUUGAUAUGUAGACGAUUAGAAUUUUUGGAAUUACCUAUUUUCUGUUUACGCCGGAGACUAUCAGGAACAAUUUAAUCUGCCGCCGAUAUAGAGAAUGCAGUUUCUACUGAGCCACGACGACGUUUUUAUAAAACGGAGACUAUUCAGCAAGAGCAAUGUUACCUCAACAUCAAAAUUGCUCAAUAUUAUUGUAACGAGAUCUAGCGUAGUCGAACUUGUAGUAGAUUUUACGUAAACGGGCUUGCGUAAAGAGACUGGUGAUGCAGCUAAUGUUACUGAACGUAUGGCAUAACGAAAUAAUCAAAAUAUUGCGUAAAUAAUUUUAUUUCGCAAUAACCGUAUCGUCGUGUAUCGUCAAAGGAAAAUUUGUGCAUUUGACGAGGGGGUCAUUUGAACGUUCCGUUUAUCAGUAUUUAUACAAAGACUUUAUGUUGCGUGCAGUAGAUAAUCUUAAGAGAACUUAAGAACGGUGAAUAACACUAAGGCUUUAUCUAGUCUUUUAUUUCGUCUUACUCGUGAUGGCAGCACAGCGAUUAUACGGUACUUCCAUGUGGAUCGAGGAUGAUCGAUAAUGUAAACUAAUUAGUACAUAUACAUUCUGUACAAAAUACGAUUCUAUUCCGAGGCAUGUAUAUCAGUUAUUUAUUAUUGUUGCUAGACUUGCGAUAAUAAAAGUCGCGAUUAAAUCGUAACGGGAUACCGUAAUUCUACUGUAAGCAUCGCAUUCUGAUGUGUAUACGUAUCUAUUUAAGAUGCAAUAUGACAUGUACUUACAUUAAGUAGAGCUGUACGAAAUGUAGUAGACGCCAUAGCAAGCAAUUCGUUGCAAGAAAACGGACGAAUGGCCGACGAUCGUAAACGUACGACGCCUCGCAGUAGCAACAACAAACUAAUCGCCUUGCCAGAUUAUCAGAUAAUACUAACGGUAAUUUAUUUUUAUCAGUUUAUCAUGUUACGCAAAGGAAACUAAAAAUAUAGACUAAAAAAGGCAUGU